AUGGCCAGGAGCAGGAGCAAGGCCACUCUGUGCAGGUGGCUCGCCUGCCCUGGGCUGCUUGGCUGUUUCUUGCUGGGUGUUCUCACAGGAUUGUUUUCAAAACCGGACCAAAAAAACAUCAAUUCUUCAGAUGUCUAUCAAAAUGUGAGACAGAAACUUGUGGCUGAAAUGAAAGCAGAGAACAUCAAGCAAUUCCUUCGCUCAUUUACCAAGUUGCCUCACCUCGCAGGAACUGAACAGAAUCUUCUUCUUGCCAAGCAAAUUCAAGGCCAGUGGAAGGAAUUUGGAUUGGAUUCAGCAGAACUUGUUCAUUAUGAUGUGCUUCUUUCAUACCCAAAUGAAAAGCAGCCAAGCUACAUCUCAGUAAUUGAUGAUCAAGGGAAUGAGGUUUUCAAUACAUCCUUGUUUGAACCACCUCCACAGGGGUAUGAAAACGUUACUGAUAUAGUACCACCAUAUAAUGCUUUUUCAGCACAAGGAGUGCCAGAGGCGGAUCUGGUAUAUGUGAAUUACGGCCGUACGGAGGAUUUUUUGAAGCUGGAGCGUGAAAUGGGAAUUAACUGUACAGGAAAGAUUGUCAUUGCCAGAUAUGGGAAAAUCUUCAGAGGAAACAAAGUUAAAAAUGCCAUAUUAGCAGGAGCCCAGGGGAUCAUACUUUAUUCAGACCCUGCUGACUACUGUGCCCCAGGAGUAGAUGCUUAUCCAGGUGGCUGGAACCUUCCAGGUGGAGGAGUCCAGCGUGGAAAUGUGUUAAACCUGAAUGGAGCUGGGGACCCUCUAACACCAGGUUAUCCAGCAAAAGAGUACACUUUCAGGUACAAAGUUAAUGAAGGUGUAGGGAUCCCCAGAAUCCCGGUUCACCCCAUUGGAUAUCAUGAUGCAGAAGUAUUAUUACGAAAAGUCAGAAUGCAUGUUUAUACAAGCAAUAAAAUAGCACGAAUUUACAAUGUCAUUGGCAUCCUCAGAGGAGCUGUGGAACCAGACAGAUAUAUUAUUUUAGGAGGUCAUAGAGACUCUUGGGUAUUUGGUGGUAUUGAUCCAACUACAGGUGCAGCUGUUCUGCAAGAGGUUGUACGGAGUUUUGGUAAAAUGAAGAUGGAAGGUUGGAGACCUAAGCGAACUAUUAUUUUUGCUAGCUGGGAUGCAGAAGAAUUUGGAUUAUUGGGUUCCACAGAGUGGGCUGAGGAAAAUGCCAAAGUCCUUCAGGAACGGGCAGUUGCUUACAUCAAUGCAGAUUCUUCUAUAGAAGGUAACUACACAUUAAGAGUUGACUGCACCCCUCUUCUCUACAAACUGGUGUAUAAUCUGACAAAAGAGAUUUUAAGCCCUGAUGAUGGUUAUGAAAAUAAGUCUCUUUAUGAGAGCUGGCUUGAGAAAGAUCCUGCACCUGAAAAUAGUAGCCGUCCCAGAAUAAAUAAACUGGGUUCAGGCAGUGAUUUUGAAGCUUACUUUCAGCGACUGGGAAUUGCAUCAGGCAGAGCUCGUUAUACCAAGAAUAGGAAAGCAGACAAAUUCAUCAAUUAUCCUGUUUAUCACACUGUGUAUGAGACAUUUGAGCUAGUGGAAAAAUUUUACGACCCCACCUUCAAGAAACAGCUAACAAUUGCCCAGUUACGAGGCAAACUGGUUUAUGAACUGGCAGAUUCCCAAGUCAUUCCAUUUGACUGUAGAGAUUAUGGAGAAGCCUUAAAAGGAUAUAGCAAUAGAAUUUAUAAAUUGGCCAAGAAGCACGAAGAACAGCUGAAACUUUACAAAGUAUCGUUUGAUCCUCUUUUUUCUGCUGUGGUGAACUUCUCUAAGGCUGCUGCUGAAUUUCACCGGAGACUUGAACAAGUUGACAAGAAAGA